UCGGCUCCGCGGUUACAAAGUUCGGGACUCUCUCCCCCGGAGUCCCUUUACCGGGAGCGGUGUGAGCAGUUCCGGGCGGUUCAUGGAGGCCGCUGUUCACUCCGUCUAUCGGUGCAGGCCUUGCGGUGAUGGACUCUGGAUCGAAUAAUGCGCGGCGGCCGUGCUGAGUUCCCGUAGCUCUUUGUGAACUUUUCCCGGGCCGCUUCCCCCUGCCGGAUCCCUCCCCCCCCCCCCCACUUCCAACCUCCCGGACAGCGGACUCCGGCCACUUCUGUGCUCGUUGGCUCCGACUCUGUUCGCACUAUGUCCCUGCUGCCCCAGUGCGCCCUAGCUCUGGCCCUUCUCCUGCUCUGCGGCUCCGCUUGGUCUGAGCUCCCAAACCGAAAUUGCUCAGAACUGCUGCAAGUUUCCAACCCGAGGGGCAUCGGCCAUAGUAACAUCCGCCAGCAAGGCAAGGAGGGCGUUAGAUCAGCCUUCUUAAGGAUGAACCCAUGCAUAACGAACGGCCUGGAUGGUGUCACCACCCAUACAUUCAGAUCCUGUGCAGACCAGCGGGUCGAAAUAUUUGCAUACAUCUUCAACCUCUCCUCAUUACGGUCUGAAGUCUCCACUUACUUCAAGAAGACCACCAUCAUCCCAAUGCCAAAGAAAAGUCAUCCAGUGUGCCUUAAUGACGACCACUCGGUGGUUCUGACAUCCAUAAUUAUGAAGUGUUUUGGAAGGUUGGUCAUGGCUCACAUCAACACCGGCCUACCAAAUUGCCUUGAUCCCUUGCACUUUGUCUACCAGUGCAAGAGGCCCACAGCAGAUGCUAUGUCCAUGGCCUUCUACUCAUCCCUCGAACAUCUGGGCAACAAGGAUGCCUAUUUCAGGCUUCUACUUAGUAACUGCAGCUUCGCCUUCAACACCAUAAUUCCAAACAAACUCAUCUCCAAACUCUGACCUAAGUCUGUUCUCCACAUUAUGUAACUAAUUCUCGUCUUCCUGACCAAUAGACCACAGUCAGUAAGGAUAAUCCUCGACACCGGUGCCACACAAGGCAGCGUACUCAAUGUCCUACUGUACUCCUCCUAUACACACAACUGUGUGGCCAAAUUUCGCACCAACUCAGUUUACAAAUUUGCUGAUGACACCACCAUCAAAGGACGGAUCUCAAGCAACACAAGCUGGAGUACAAGAGAGAGAGUGAGUGCUUAAUAGCUUGGUGUAAAGAUGCUAAUCUCUCCAUCAACGUCAGCAAAACCAAGGAGCUGGUCAUUAACGUUAGAAAGUGGAGUGGAGGGCGUAGCCCCUGUCUGCAUCAAUGGUGCUGCGGUCGAUAGCGUUCAGUUGCAGCGAGUCAUGAUCACCAUCAAUCUGUCCUGGUCCACCCACUUUGACACCACAGUCAAGAAAGCACAGCUAUGCCUCUACUUCCUCAAGAGGCUAAGGAAAUUCAGCAUGUACACAAGGACUCUUAGCAAUGUUUAUACAUGCAGCAGAGAAAGCAUCCGAUGUGGAUGCAUCACCUCAACUGCUCUUCCCAUGACUGCAAGAAAUUAGAGUUAUGAACACAGCCCAGUCCAUCAUGCAAACCAACACUCCAUCCACUGACUCUGUGUAUGCUUCCCGCUGCCUCAGGAAAGAAGCCAACGUAAUCAGAGACCCAUGGUUAUACUGUGCUCCACAUUUCUGUAUAUUUCUGACAAUAUGAAAGUUUGUAUGCACAUACAAAUUGAUUCAAGAACAGCUGCUUCCCCGGUGUUAUCAGACCUUUGAAUGUGUUUCUUUAAUGUUAAUGUUGGAUUUCUCUCUCUAUCUUCUCACCGACUGUAUCUUGCACUCUGUGUUCUGUUACCCUGAUGCUCUUGUAUGGUACAGUCCGCUGUAAAGCAUGUAAAAAAACACUUUUGACAGUGCUUUGGUACGUGUGAUAGUAAUAAAUUAAAUCAAAUAAAGUAUGCCAUUAUAACCAAAUCUGUAAUGGGAAACAACACCCCGUGUAAGUUUCCUUCUAAGGCACUCACCAUUCUGACUUGGAAAUAAAUUGCGUUUGCG